UCGGGAGAGCUGUCACUUCGCUCUCUGGCAGGAGCCUGCGAACACAGGGAGGGUCUGUCUGUGGGAGACUCCAGACUGUAGGCGCUGCCAUGGCCCCUGUGCUUAGCAAGGACACCGCGGACAUCGAGAGCAUCCUGGCUUUAAAUCCUAGAGUACAAACUCAUGCAACUCUGCGUUCCACUUCAGCCAAGAAAUCAGACAAGAAACAUUGGAAAAGAAAUCCUGAUAAGAACUGUUGUAAUUGCGAGAGGCUGGAGAAUAAUUUUGAUGACAUCAAGCACACGACUCUUGGUGAGCGAGGAGCUCUCCGAGAAGCAAUGAGGUGCCUGAAAUGUGCAGAUGCUCCCUGUCAGAAGAGCUGUCCGACUAAUCUAGAUAUUAAAUCGUUCAUCACAAGUAUUGCAAACAAGAACUAUUAUGGAGCUGCCAAGAUGAUUUUUUCUGACAACCCACUUGGUCUGACGUGUGGAAUGGUGUGCCCAACCUCUGAUCUUUGUGUAGGUGGAUGCAAUCUAUAUGCCACUGAAGAAGGGCCAAUCAAUAUUGGUGGAUUGCAGCAAUUUGCUACUGAGGUAUUCAAAGCAAUGAAUAUCCCGCAGAUCAGAAAUCCUUCUCUGCCUCUCCCAGAAAAAAUGUCUGAAGCCUAUUCUGCAAAGAUUGCACUUUUUGGUGCUGGGCCUGCAAGUAUUAGUUGUGCUUCCUUUUUGGCUCGAUUAGGUUACUCUGACAUCACUAUAUUUGAAAAACAAGAAUAUGUUGGUGGUUUAAGUACUUCUGAAAUUCCUCAGUUCCGGCUGCCAUAUGAGGUGGUGAAUUUUGAGAUUGAGCUUAUGAAGGACCUUGGGGUAAAGAUAAUUUGCGGUAAAAGCCUUUCAGUGAAUGAAAUGACACUCAGCACUUUGAAAGACAAAGGCUACAAAGCUGCUUUCAUUGGAAUAGGUUUGCCAGAACCCAAUAAAGACCGCAUCUUUCAAGGCCUGACGCAGGACCAAGGUUUUUAUACAUCUAAAGACUUCUUGCCACUUGUAGCCAAAGGCAGUAAAGCAGGAAUGUGUGCCUGUCACUCUUCAUUGCCAUCCAUACGGGGCACCGUGAUUGUACUCGGAGCUGGAGACACUGCCUUUGACUGCGCGACGUCCGCGUUACGUUGUGGAGCCCGCCGCGUGUUCGUCGUCUUCAGAAAAGGCUUUGUUAAUAUAAGAGCUGUCCCCGAGGAGAUGGAACUUGCUAAGGAAGAGAAAUGUGAAUUUUUGCCUUUCCUGUCUCCACGGAAGGUUAUAGUAAAGGGUGGGAGAAUUGCUGCUAUGCAAUUUGUACGGACAGAGCAAGAUGAAACCGGAAAAUGGAAUGAAGAUGAAGAUCAGAUAGUCUGUCUGAAAGCCGACGUGGUCAUCAGUGCCUUUGGUUCGGUUCUGAGUGAUCCUGCAGUGAAAGAAGCCUUGAGCCCUAUAAAAUUUAACAGAUGGAAUCUCCCAGAAGUAGAUCCAGAAACUAUGCAAACCAGUGAACCAUGGGUGUUUGCAGGUGGUGAUAUUGUUGGUGUGGCUAACACUACAGUGGAAUCAGUGAAUGAUGGAAAGCAGGCUUCUUGGUACGUUCACAAAUAUAUACAGUCACAAUAUGGAGUGUCAGUUUCUCCCAAGCCUGAACUACCUCUUUUUUACACUCCUAUUGAUCGAGUGGACAUUAGUGUGAAAAUGGCCGGAUUGAAGUUUAUAAAUCCUUUUGGUCUGGCUAGUGCAACUCCAGCUACCAGCACAUCAAUGAUUCGAAGGGCUUUUGAAGCCGGAUGGGGUUUUGCCCUGACCAAAACUUUCUCUCUUGAUAAGGACAUCGUGACAAAUGUUUCACCCAGAAUCAUCCGGGGGACCACCUCCGGCCCCAUGUAUGGCCCAGGACAGAGCUCCUUCCUGAAUAUUGAACUCAUUAGUGAAAAAACGGCUGCAUAUUGGUGUCAAAGUGUCACUGAACUAAAGGCUGACUUUCCAGACAACGUUCAGUCCUGUUCAAUGAGAAGAAAAGGAAAUAUAAGCCACCUGGACUGCAAAGGAGGAAGGAAACUGUCUUUACUCAUAGAGGACAUGAUUCUCUAUGGAAAUAAUUGGAUGUACUGAACCAAAAAAAAAAAUUGACUUACAAAAACGGGCAGCUAGCUUACAGGUUGUCGUUUUCAGAUUUUAUUUUUGGAAAAUAUCACAUGUAUGUUCUGUUUAUCUUCAUUAUUAAAAAUUUUGCCUCUCCCUUCAAUUUUGAACCACAGAUAAAUACCUAACUUACCUCAUCUUUGAAUUUGCUCUGCUGAAAUACUACUUUAGGUAAUUAGUGAGGUUAGCAAAGUUGCAAGGAUAUAAGAUCGACUUCUAAAAAUUGAUUGGAUUUUUACAUGCAAGCAAUCAACAAUUGGAAGUUGGAAUAAACAUAAAAUUUAUAAGAGUAGCAAAACCUGACGUAUGUAAGGCUGAAUCUGACAAAGACAAGAAAGCCAAGAACACCGAAGACCACAAUGCAUUGCUGAGAGAAGUUACAUACAAGCCAAGUACAGGGAGGGGAGACUGUGGCCACGUGUUCAUACAUCAGAGGAACAUUGUUGCUAAGAUGCCCUGUCUCCCCAUAUUUGCCUAGGGGUAAAAUGUAAUCUCAGUCAAAGGAUUAGCAGACUUCUAAAAACAGAAUUUAACAAGCUGAUUCAGAACUCAUACGGAAGUGCAAAAACUUACAAAACAACUCACAGUGAACCAAGUUGGAAAUCUAAAGCUUUUGGAAUUCAAGACAUUCUACAAUUACAGUAGUCAGGAUGGUACGGUAUUUGGCACAAAGAUAGACAGCAAUUAAUGCAGCUGAAGUCCUGCAGAAAACUCACAAAUCAGUUGUAUGAACAACUGAUUUUUGACAAAGUGUUAAAAGGCAAGUCAGUGGAUAACACAGUCUUUUCAAUAAAUGAUGCUGGAUAUAUUAGAUAUUUAUAUGCAACAAAGAGUAAACUUUGAACCGUAUUUCAUACAAUAUGUGAAACUUAAUUCAAAAUAUUUGUUAAAUGAAAUAAAAAACUGUCAGUCUUCUUGAAGAAAACAUGAGAGAAAAUCCUUGUGAACUUAGUUGUAAGUAUCUAUUUCUUCGAUUCUUAGCCAAAUCAUCAUCCUUGAAGGAAAAAAAUAGCAAGUGUGAUUUUGUCCAAAUUAAAAACAUUUCCUCUUCAAAUUCUUUGAAAAGAAUAAUGAAAAUACAAACCAGAGACUAGGAGAAAAAUUUCAAGUCACGUAUCUAAUAAAGACCUUAUAUCCAAAAUAUCCCCAAUAAAGAACUUUCAAACCCACUGAUGAGAAAACAAACAACCCUCCCCAUUCUAAGCAAAAUAUUUGACUACUUAAAAACCAAAGAGGAUUAUGGUUGGUAAAACAGCACAUGCAAAUGGCCUCAACUUUGUUAGUUAUAGGCGAAAUGCCAAUUAAAACUAAACAGAUAUACCACUAAAUAUCUUCUUUAGAAUGUCAAAAGUUUGAACGAUUGAUCAUACUGAAUAUGAGCAAGGGUGUGGAGCUAUAGACAUUCUCAAACAGCGUCAGUGCUAAAACUACUUUUGAAAUUAGUUUGGCAGUUUUUCAAAAGUUAAAUGUGUGAAUGUAUGCCUAUCAUAUGCUGCAGGGUUUUCACUUAUUGAUAUUUACUCAAGAGAAAACAAAACAUAUAUCCACAUAAACACCCAUGUAGGAAUGUUCAUAUAAGUUUUACUUGUAAAAAAAAAAAAACAAAACAAAACACUGAGACCAACUCAAAUUUCCAUCCACAGCUGAAUGGUUAAACAAACCGAGUUGUAUAUAUAUUAUGAAAUACUAUUCAUCAAUAAAAAGAAUGAGCUAUUAUAAAUACAACAAAAUUGACUAAGGUCAUAAUAAUUAUGUUGCGUGAAAGAAGCCAGGUCAAAUAAAGCAUAAAAAAAUCUCCGAAGAACAAAAUCCCAAGAGUUUAUAUUUUGAAAUGCCAUUAUAUAGCUCUAGAAAAUGUGAACAAAUAUAGUGACAGAAAGUAGAUUAAUAGUUGCUUCUUGAGUGGGAAGAAGGGGUUUUAAAAAACACAUGGAAACUUUUCAGUGAAAUAGAUGUGUUUAUAUCUUCAUAGCAAUGAUAGUCUCAAAGUUUAUCAAAUAUCAAAAUUUUGUAAAUUGUACAUUUUAAAUAUGUGCAAUUUAUCAUACAUUUUAUAUAGCAAUUUAUUCUGUUACAUUUUAUACAACAUAUAUAGGAUUACAUCAACAAAUCUGCUUAAAAAUAAGUUCAACUUAAAAUUAUAAUAGCCCUUUUUCUGGGAUAUGUCCUGGGAAUUAAUUCCAGGUUGGGAUGAAUGACUAAAACCUUGAUACCCAGAUCUUCAGUCCUUCCCCCAUUCUUCAGGCCACCAAUUAUUACCCUUUAGCACUUUGAUCAUCUUCACUUUGAUACCAAGGCAUGGGAAUUAACAUGAAGGUAAAAAUGACUUUAUGCUGUAUUAAGAAAUGAAAGAAAUGCUGGUUGGGUUCUUAAGCUUUGGCUUUGUGGGAGAUUAAAAUGUUGGUGGUUCGUGUCAUUCAGUAAAGGAAAAAUAUUGAGAAAAUCCAUCAAACCUUUUAGAAGAGCCAUUAUACAAGCAUUAACUGACUACAAUAUACUCUUUCUCAAAUUCCCCUUCAUUUUGUAAUUUGUCAGGCUGCCUUUUAGGUAAGAGUGUUGUCUCUCUGAAGUGGAAGUCUAGCAUCCAUGUAACACACUGAACCAUGUGAGGGUCCUUAAGGAUGGCCAAGAUUCAUUGACCUUAGACUCUUCCUUGGUUUAAAGUAGUUUAUGAGCAAGGCCAUGGAAGCAAGUUAUAAACUACACGUGUACCACAUAGUAAUCCUAUGUCAAAAAAUGAAAAUAAAGUGCAUAUUCAAAUAGCUAAAGAGGUUGUUAAGUGGACUUAAUAUCAAUUUGGUAAUAUUUCAUAUCAUUCAGCGUUGAGAACUCAACUUUAAUGUGUUUUUCUCUUAGAGGGUUGGGGAAACUAGGAGAGAGAAAAGAUAACAUAAAACUUUAACAAUUAUACUUUUCCCUCAACCUCUAAAAUUAUCUCUCUUCUUUUAUCUUGGAGACUUAUUUAAUCUGUUAAUUAAAAUCAAUUUUAGAAAAAUGCGUUCUGAGAAAAAAGCAUUCGUGAGACAUUUAAAUGUAAGAGGCAAGAUAGAGAUUAUUAUUUUAAAAAUUGCUUCCUUUUUAAACCAUUAUUUUUGGUUAGGUAGUUGAUUUUAGUAGAAUUUAAGACUACAUAUGUGACCCUCAAAAAUGACCCAAUUAGUUAUAAACCAUCUAAAAUGGGUCAAAGGAGACAUUGGACUACUAGUUUAAGCACUGUCACACCAAACAUUGCUAAAGUAAGACAAAUGAAGUCUACGUUAAGCAGAACAGUUACACAUGUGCGUAAUGAACCCUUUAAUUUACUGAAAAUUGUGUUCUGUGUGAUUCUUCAUUUUAAGAAACAAAAGUUAUGAGAAUACAGUUCAGAAUGAGGGCCAUUUUGGUCAGAUUAUAUACUAAUACUGGCGAUGGGUUGUUACCAUUUUAAUAGCAGAUAGAGAAAAAGCGGUGAAUGAAAUUCAACAGUAAAGAUGCAAUCAUAUUUUUACCAAUCUCUUCAACUAUCAACUUGUAUUUUAUAAUCAUGUAAGAGAGAAAGGGGAUUUUUUUCUUUAAAGGAAAGAAUGAAACAAAACCGAUACAAUUUCACAAUAAGCCUUUUCCCAAAGCAAGCCCUAAUUCUUAAGGGAAGUGGAAGAGGCAAGAAUUGACAAAGGUGUUUUACAAAUUGAAAAUGCAGUCAUUUCUUAAUUUUGUAUAGCCACUUUCAGUCUACAAAUUUGUAUGUCUCUGGAUUGAUUUCCCAGUAACCUCACAAAAAAAGUAUGCAUGUCAUCCCCAUUUAUUAAGAAUCCGAUAUCCUUCAGGUGAUAAGGAAUUUCCCAAUGUAAUUUUCAAGCUGUAAAUGGUAAGAUUUCAAAUUGAUGACAAAACGUUUGACUGAGCAGCCCUACUUUUUUGCUAAGAAGGUGUACUGCCUCCAGAAAAUAAAUAAAUAAAUCAGGCCCAUGGGUACACACUUGCAAUAGAAAAAUGAUUAUUUUUUUAAAGCAAGAGAUCAGCGUAUUUAAGAUUGUCCAUGUCUGAGUUACUUUUUCUUUUUACCCGAAUUUUCUUUUCCUUCUGGUGGAGGUGGUAAUGAGCAGAGAAAUGGGAAAGGUAAUCAGCCAGAGGGAAGAGAAGAAUCAAAGACCUAGAUAAUUCACAAACUGGAAAAUGAGCUCCUAACUAAUCAAGACUGGAUUGUAAAUAGGAUAGAAAGAAUUUAUGCAGCCCUGGUAUUAACCUGAAUAGCAUUUGUACCCAAUCCAAAGAAAGUAUUUGUGAAUUUCACAGUUGGUUAUUUUUCCUUCCUUUGAGAUUCUCUUUCCUGAACUAAUUAUCCAUUGUGUACAUGAAGCAAGGAAAUAACUUAUCAUUAAAGUCAUUUUUUGAGGUGAAUACUUCACUUUGCAUGUUGUUAAAAUGCCUAGAGCAUUAAUAAGAAAUG